AUUCCUGACUGAAGCAGUUCAUCAGUGUGAGACUUAUUUACUCCAGACUCCACAGUGACCUUCACGCUCUGCUCUGCAGCCAGGAGGCGCCCUCGGGCUGAUAUCGAUUCUUAAAGCAUUUUCUUCAACUUCUCUUAAAGUGGCCAAACGUAUGUUGUUGCUAUCGCUACAUAGCUAACGUUAGCAUUAACAGCUGUUUAGUUUCAAUUAAAUUCAAGACUUAAUUCUAUUGCUCACAAAGUUCUGUUCAGUCGGCCACGGCUGAUCUGAUGGCCGACAUGACAGCUCCCAAAACAGCUCAAUCGCCCCCUGGUGGCUGACUGCAGUACAAGUCAUUAACUUCCUCCUCCUCGUUAUUUAACCUCUUGUCUCGUAAACACAGGGACAAGAAACCAUGUUCACCAGAGGUUUAAAUGAACAUACAGCACCUUUAAGUUUCAUCCUUUUUAUUUAAGUCUGAUUCUUCUUCUGCAUUUGAUUUGUUAUUUGUUGAACCUUUUAACUCCGGGUCGUGUUUUCCCCCUGGAGGCGGCAGGAAGUGAGGCGGUCCUGCCCUGCUGCUCUCACUCCUCCACUUCCUGCUGCUCCUCCUCUGAACGGCACUGUGUGAACGACCCGGUGUGAACGACGUCUACAGAACUCUAGAGAUCGCAGGCUUCAUUCAAACCGGUGAAAACAGACGAAAACCUCCAUCUCCUCAUCAGGGAUUUAGUUCAUUCAUCUUUUACGGAUCUUAAAUCAGUUUAAGCCUCAGGUUCAGGAUCGUUGUGAGGAAACAUGGACGAUGUGUCUGCGUGUCCCUCUGUGGACUUCAGUCGAUCUACGACCUCUAACGACCUGGUGGACGAGCUCGAAGCAAGUUUGACGUCUUUCGUGAAUCUCUACGAUCGACAUGAAGAUCGUCUUCAGAGAGCGUCGGAGAGCUUCACGCAGACGGCCGCUCGAGUGCGUGAAGCACGGGAGGUCGUUCCUGCAAAUAGAACGAUUCGCGGCGUGUUCGGCGGCGCUCUCGGUGCAGUUUCUGGCGCCAUCGCUGGUGGAGUCGGGGGGGCUUUGGGGGCAGUUGCUGCGACAACUUGCCAGAGACUUUGUGGAGAAAUCGGCGCAGUCGGUGCGACUGUCGGCUUCGCUGGCAGCGUGGUCGGGGGUGUAGCUGGGGGAGUGUUUUCUGGAAGCGUCGGCGGUGCUGUCGGCGCCACAACUUCAAGUUCAUCUCAUGGUGCAGUGAGCGAUGCAUUAUGGGUCGCCAUCGGUGUUGCCACAGGUGGUGCAAUCGGCGGUACUUUUGGCAGGACAGUCGGUGCAGCAGGUGGCGCUGUUGGUGGCGGUUUUGGUGCGUUGCUGGGGACGAGAUUUGCCGUUUAUGUAGCUGGAGGCGAGAAAGAAAAGAAAGUGACGAGGCAGGAAGUGAGCGUGAUCCAAAAAACUGGACUCGACUUCUGUGAAACCAUCAAACCUCUGCAGGUGGAGCUGAGCUCAAUAAAAACCAUCAGUGAGAAAAUACAGUUCAGUCCUGACGUUCAACGUGUCACACGACAAACCGCAAAGACUCUGGCUGCUGCGGCCGCGAUGGAGGAAACCGCGGCUGAUCCUCAGAGAGACGCAGAUUUAACUCAGUUUGUGGAAGAAGCAGCGAAACGAAGCAGACGAAUCUGUGAAGAGCUGAAAACAACGAGGACGGACGCAGAGAAGCUUCUGAUUCCACUGAGGAAACUCUGAAGACGAAAGUAAAACAAGAGCCGAACAAAAUCAAACACGUCGUCAACUGUUGAUGAAUCAGAACUAAUAGGAACAGACAUCAUCUUGUUGUCAGAACCGUACUUUCUUAUUAAUUUGCUGCCUUCAAAUGGAGCUUGUGAGCUUGUGGUUAAGAGGUGGAAACAGUUUAAUGUUAAAAACAAUAUAAAUGUCUAAAUUUCAACACACAAACUAGUUGAAACUGUUUUUUUAUUAAAACUUUUUAGAGGAAAGUCACUUGUGUUUUCUCUCUAUCGCAAAUUAAAAAAGUUAUUUCAAUAAGAAAAUCAAUGAAUGAUGAUGGAAGAUGUUUUGUGUAAAGAAAUAUCCAUCAUUUAGUUUUUUAUAAGUAUUUUGUUUUACAUAUAACUGUAGAGAAUAACUAGAUAUGAGAUAUGUAACUACACUGAAAAACCCCAAACAAAUGUAAAUGUUUAAAAUAAAAUUACACUGA